AUGUCUGAGGCGUAAAAAAAAUCAAAGAUCUCUGCAUCUCGCAGACUGGCUCUUAAGACCAAACUGCUGAAAGUAGCAGGUGCAAUGUUAGAGAAGGAUAAGGAGGGCAAGAGGCAGGAGAGAGAAGCUACUUUGAGUGAGAGAGUGCCUCCUCUUCAGCUGUCUGGUUUGUCCACACAGGACCUUCAGGUAAUGUGCAAAGAACUGAACCGUAAAAUUGACGUAGUAGAUGAAGAGCGCUAUGACGUUGAAGCCAAAGUACUGAAGAAUAACAAAGAGAUCGAAAAUCUGUCUCUUAAAAUCUUUGAGCUGAAGGGUAAGAUGAAGCGACCUGCUCUCAAGAGGGUGAAGAUCUCAGCUGAUGCCAUGUUGGGCGCUCUGCUGGGCGCAAAGGUCAAAGAGUCGGUGGACUUCAAGGCCAAUCUGAAGACAGUGAAGAAGGAGGAUGAGAAGAAAGAGGAAGUGACUGACUGGCGUAAGAACGUGGAGGCCAUGUCUGGUAUGGAGGGCAGGAAGAAGCUGUUUAAUGCUGGGCAGUAG